AUGGAGGUGCGUUUGAAGCUGAGCAAGGAGGACGGCGCACCGCCGGCGGAUGCCACUGAGUAUCGCGGCGUCAUCGGCUGUCUGCGCUAUCUUGUCAACACGAGGCCGGACAUUGCUCUGGCCGUGGGCGUGACCAGCCGGUACAUGGAGGCACCGAGCACGCGCCAUUGGACGGCGGUGAAGCAGAUCCUCAGGUACAUCCGCGGCACUCUUCACUAUGGGUGCUGCUACAAGAGGGGUUCGGACGGGCCCUCCCUGGUUGGCUACAGCGACAGCGACCAUGCCGGUGACACGAACGACCGGAAGAGCACCUCCGGCGUGGUCUACUUCCUUGGCGGCAGUGUCGUCACCUGGACCUCACAGAAGCAGAAGGUGGUGGCGAUUUCGUCGUGCGAGGCCGAGUACGUUGCUGCUGCGGCGGCGACGUGCCAGGGGGUGUGGCUCAGCCGCCUCCUUGCUGACCUGACAGGGCGAUCGGUGGAGAAGUUUCAGCUGCUCAUCGACAACAAGUCUGCGAUCGCCCUGAGCAAGAACCCGGUUCAUCACGACCGGAGCAAGCACAUCGACAUCAAGUAUCACUACAUCCGUCAGUGCAUCGAGGAAGGAAAGGUAGAAGUUGAUCACAUUGGCACUGACAACCUAGCUCGCUGA